GAGGAGCAGGAAGGGACGUAGGGAGGGGGGAAGGUGUCUGCCCAGCCCACCGGCUCCCUCUGUCCCUUCCCGGCUCACUACCUCUUUCGGGACGGCGGAGCGCGGCUCGGCGCGAUGGGGCGCAUCGAGUGGGCCAUGUGGGCGAACGAGCAGGCGCUGGCCUCCGGCCUGAUUCUAGUGACUGGUGGCAUUGUGGCGGUUGCUGGACAGUUCAAAAGCUGGGAGUUUGGUGCAUAUGCAAUAGCAGCUGGAGUGUUUGUUUGCCUUCUGGAAUACCCAAGAGGGAAGCGGAAAAAGGGAUCCACCAUGGAGCGAUGCGGUCAAAAGUAUUUCACAACUGUGGUGAAGGUGUUUGGACCUCUAACGAGGAAUUACUACAUCCGGGCUGUCCUGCUAGCAAGCCUGGCAAUUCCAGCAGGAUUGUUGCUGGCCACGAUCCUCGGCACAGUUUGCCUUGCCAUUGCAAGUGGCAUCUACUUACUGGCUGCUGUCCGUGGCGAAGAGUGGCAUCCCAUCGAAUCAAGGCCGCGAGAACUGCCACAAGUUGGGACCACCAUUAAACAUCCUCCAACCAACCCCCCACCUCGGCCUCCAGCAGAGGCUCGCAGGAAGCAGGCCGACGAGGCGGCAGAGGGCGAGGAGAACCCCAUCCCAGUCAUCGUCGAGGCCGAAUGAUGGCCUGGCUGAAAGUACCCUGAAGGGGCGGUGUUUGCUGUGCUUAGGAAGGGGAAACUGGCCAUAUCAUAGCAGAUCUACAGAUUUUGUCCUCCUCUUCCAGCUUCACAGUCUGCCUGUGCAGAUGCUUCCCCAGAUUCUCCUCAGUCUGCAGCCUGCCCCUUUCCCCACUUUGAUCCUGAACAUCCACUAGGCCAGGCGGCUGCCAUGUUUGUUUCACAGUGAGGUCCACCGGUGGCCAUGUUGUUUAUCUCCAUGAUAACAAGUGGAGGAUUGUGACGCUCCAGGCAGGGAUGACCCCAGCCGGCAUUGUCGGAAUUGCAAUGGCUUUCCCUUUUCUCUGUGGGGAUCCCUUCUGUUCACUCGAGGAUCCCUUGUGUUUUUAACAUUGUAAUAAAAUGACCUGGUUGGUUGCCUUCUUCUUUGUAA